AUGGCCACAGGGCUGCAUGAAAAGGCGAGAGAGGAGCUGCUCGGCAUGAUGAUUCGCUUGAGGGAAAAGAAGCAGAGUGCCCAGGAUAUUCAUAUUCGGAAGGACAGCGAACAGAAGAGGCAGGAGUCAGAUGAAGGUGACCUGGAUAAAGAAGUGGAUUCUGAUACUUAUAUUCCUAAGGUCAGCGAACAGGGGAGGCAGGCGUCAGAUGAAGGGAACCUGGAUGAAGAAAUGGAUUCGGUGAUGAUUGUGACAACGCCCCGGAGUAAAGGAGUGAGGUCGAGGAAAGGGAAGCGGGAGGAUACUUAUAUUCCUAAGGUCAGCGAACAGGGGAGGCAGGCGUCAGAUGAAGGGAACCUGGAUGAAGAAAUGGAUUCGGUGAUGAUUGUGACAACGCCCCGGAGUAAAGGAGUGAGGUCGAGGAAAGGGAAGCGGGAGGUCAGCGAACAGAGGAGGCAGGAGUCAGAUGACGGUGACCUGGAUAAAGAAGUGGAUUCUGUGAUGAUUGUGACAACGCCCCGGAGUAAAGAAGAUACUUAUAUUAUUAAGGUCAGCGAACAGGGGAGGCAGGAGUCAGAUGAAGGGGACCUGGAUAAAGAAAUGGAUUCUGUGAUGAUUGUGACAACGCCCCGGAGUAAAGGAGUGAGGUCGAGGAAAAGGAAGCGGGAGGUCAGCGAACAGAGGAGGCAGGAGUCAGAUGACGGUGACCUGGAUAACGAAAUGGAUUCUGCGAUGAUUGUGACAACGCCCCGGAGUAAAGGAGUGAGGUCGAGGAAAUGGAAGCGGGAGGCUAUUUAUAUUCCGAAGGUCAGCGAUCAGAGGAGGCAGGAGUCAGACGAAGGUGACCAGGAUAAAGAAGUGGAUUCUGUGAUCAUUGUGACAACGCCCCGGAGUAAAGGAGUGAGGUCGAGGAAAAGGAAGCGUGAGGACACUUAUAUUCCUAAGGAUAAUUUCAUUCAUAAGGCCAGCGAACAGAGGAGGCAGGAGUCAGAUGAAGGCGACCUGGAAAAAGAAGUGGAUUCUGUGAUGAUUGUGACAACGCCCCGGAGUAAAGGAGUGAGGUCGAGUAAAUGGAAGCGGGUGGAUACUUACAUUCCUAAGGAUAAUUUCAUUCAUAAGGCCAGCGAACAUAGGAGGCAGGAGUCAGAUGAAGGUGACCUGGAUAAAGAAAUGGAUUCUGUGUUGAUUGUGACAACGCCCCGGAGUAAAGGAGUGAGGACGAGGAAAAGGAAGUGGGAGGAUAUUUAUAUUCCGAAGGUCAGCGAACAGAAGAGGCAGGAGUCAGAUGAAGGUGACCUGGAUAAAGAAGUGGAUUCUGUUAUGAUAAUGACAACGCCCCGGAGUAAAGGAAUGAGGUCGAGGAAAUGGAAGUGGGAGGCUAUUUAUAUUCCGAAGGUCAGCGAUCAGAGGAGGCAGGAGUCAGACGAAGGUGACCAGGAUAAAGAAGUGGAUUCUGUGAUCAUUGUGACAACGCCCCGGAGUAAAGGAGUGAGGUCGAGGAAAAGGAAGCGGGAGGACACUUAUAUUCCUAAGGAUAAUUACAUUCAUAAGGCCAGCGAACAGAGGAGGCAGGAGUCAGAUGAAGUUGACCUGGAAAAAGAGGUGGAUUCUGUGAUGAUUGUGACAACGCCCGGGAGUAAAGUAGUGAGGUCGAGUAAAUGGAAGCGGGAGGAUACUUACAUUCCUAAGGUCAGCGAACAGGGGAGGCAGGUGUCAGAUGAAGGGAACCUGGAUAAAGAAAUGGAUUCUGUGUUGAUUGUGACAACGCCCCGGAGUAAAGGAGUCAGGUCGAGGAAAAAGAAGCGGGAGGAUAUUUAUGUUCCGAAGGUCAGCGAACAGAAGAGGCAGGAGUCAGAUGAAGGUGACCUGGAUAAAGAAGUGGAUUCUGUUAUGAUAAUGACAACGCCCCGGAGUAAAGGAAUGAGGUCGAGGAAAUGGAAGCGGGAGGAUAUUUAUAUUCCGAAGGUCAGCGAACAGAAGAGGCAGGAGUCAGAUGAAGGUGACCUGGAUAAAGAAGUGGAUUCUGAUACUUAUAUUCCUAAGGUCAGCGAACAGGGGAGGCAGGCGUCAGACGAAGGGAACCUGGAUGAAGAAAUGGAUUCGGUGAUGAUUGUGACAACGCCCCGGAGUAAAGGAGUGAAGUCGAGGAAAGGGAAACGGGAGGAUACUUAUAUUAUUAAGGUCAGCGAACAGGGGAGGCAGGAGUCAGAUGAAGGGGACCUGGAUAAAGAAAUGGAUUCUGUGAUGAUUGUGACAACGCCCCGGAGUAAAGGAGUGAGGUCGAGGAAAAGGAAGCGUGAGGUCAGCGAACAGAGGAGGCAGGAGUCAGAUGACGGUGACCUGGAUAAAGAAAUAGAUUCUGCGAUGAUUGUGACAACGUCCCGGAGUAAAGUAGCGAGGUCGAGGAAAUGGAAGCGGGAGGCUAUUUAUAUUCCGAAGGUCAGCGAUAAAAGGAGGCAUGAGUCAGACGAAGGUGACCAGGAUAAAGAAGUGGACUCUGUGAUCAUUAGGACAACGCCCCGGAGUAAAGGAGUGAGGUCGAGGAAAAGGAAGCGGGAGGAUACUUAUAUUCCUAAGGUCAGCGAGCAGGGGAGGCAGGAGUCAGAUGAAAGGGACCUGGAUAAAGAAAUGGAUUUUGUGCUGAUUGUGACAACGCCCCGGAGUAACGGAGUGAGGUCGAGGAAAAGGAAGCGGAAGGAUUUUUAUAUUCCUGAGGUCAGCAAACAGGGGAGGCAGGAGUCAAAUGAAGGGGACCUGAUUAAAGAAGUGGAUUCUGUGAUGAUUGUGACAAUUCCCCCGAGUAAAGAAGUGAGGUCGAGUUCUUCGGCAGAGGCGGUCUCAGAGAAGAAUUUGAAAGAGACGGCUUCAUUUGUUCUGGCAAGAUGGAAAAACGACAGCCUACAAAAAUCAGGCACGGUGACCCGAAAAUGGUCCAGAAGCAUAUCAGGGGAUAGAAAAUCGGCCUUGAGGCAGAGAUGGGGUUUUGCCGUGAGCGAGGGCCUAAGAUCUACCAUUGAAUGCAAAGUCUUUGGUGGGAUCAGUCAUGGCGAACCUGUGUGGAAGUCAUUAUCUGUUACACAUAGCGAUGGGUGGAAGCCUCUAGUCAAAGGGUUGCAGAUCGACAACGCUUUCUCAGUGCUGAAGUGUGUGCGCCCUGGCGCUGAUGUCACAUCAUUCACAUCGGUCGCGAUCUCACUUGAUGAUGAUGUUGAUGAUGAUGUUGUUGAUGAUGUUGUUGAUGAUGUUGAUGAUGAUGUUGAUAAUGAUGAUAGUGAUGAUGAUAGUGUUGAUGUUGUUGAUGAUGAUCUUGAUGAUGAUGUUGAUGAUGAUGUUGAUGAUGAUGUUGAUGAGGAUCUUGAUGAAUAUGCUGAUGAUGAUGUUGAUGAUGAUGUCAAUGAUGAUGUUGAUGAUGAUGUUAAUGAUGAUGUUAAUGAUGAUGUUAAUGAUGAUGUUAAUGAUGAUGUUAAUGAUGAUGUUGAUGAUGAUGUUGAUGAUGAUGUUGAUGACGAUGUUGAUGAUGUUGUUGAUGAUGGUGAUGCCGAGGAUGAUGAUGAUGGUUAUAGCAUUAAUGACGUUUGA